UAACUCAAAUGGGUGAUGAAAAGGACUCUUGGAAAGUGAAAACUUUAGAUGAAAUUCUUCAGGAAAAGAAACGAAGGAAGGAACAAGAGGAGAAAGCAGAGAUAAAACGCUUAAAAAAUUCUGAUGACCGGGAUUCCAAAAGGGAUUCCCUUGAAGAGGGGGAGCUGAGAGACCACCGCAUGGAGAUAACAAUAAGGAACUCGCCCUACAGGAGAGAGGACUCUAUGGAAGACAGAGGCGAGGAAGAUGACUCUUUGGCUAUCAAGCCACCCCAGCAAAUGUCCCGGAAAGAAAAAGCUCAUCACAGGAAAGAUGAAAAGCGAAAAGAGAAACGUAGGCAUCGUAGUCAUUCGACAGAAGGGGGGUGGCUGGGCCUGCUGAGUUCUGAAGGGGAGCCCGAGAGCUGGACUCAAAGGAGUCUCCGGCUUUGGUGCUUCAGGGACCGGCUGGAGCAGCUGGAGCGAAAGCGGGAGCGAGAGCGGAAGCUGCGGGAGCAGCAGAAGGAGCAGAGGGAGCAGAAGGAGCGUGAGCGGAGAGCCGAGGAGCGGCGCAAGGAACGCGAGGCACGCAGGGAAGGGUCGUCAGCUCAUCACCGCACAAUGCGGGAGGAGUAUGGGGAGAAGGCGAAGGCCAGCCACUGGAGCCGCAGCCCUCUCCGGCCACCACGGGAAAGGUUUGAGAUGGGCGAAGGCCGGAAGCCAGUCAAGGAAGAGAAAAUGGAAGAGAGAGACCCCCUCUCUGACUUGCAAGACGUCAGUGACAGCGAGAGGAAGACCAGCUCGGCCGAGUCCUCCUCAGCGGAGUCAGGGUCCGGCUCGGAGGAGGAGGAGGAAGAAGAAGAGGAAGAGGAGGAGGAGGAGGGGAGCAGUAGUGAGGAGUCCGAGGAGGAGGAGGAAGAGGAGGAGGAGGAGGAGGAAGAAGAGGAGACGGGGAGCAAUUCUGAAGAUGCUUCUGAACAGUCUGCUGAGGAGGUGAGUGAAGAGGAGAUGAGCGAGGAGGACGAGCGGGAGAACGGAAACCACGUCCUCGUUGUUCCAGAGUCACGAUUUGACCGAGAUUCCGGGGAGAGUGAGGAAGGAGAGGAAGAAGGGGGUGAGGGGACCCCACAGAGCAGCGCCCUCACUGAAGGAGACUGCGUGCCUGACUCCCCUGCCCUAUCGCCCAUUGAGCUCAAGCAGGAGCUGCCCAAGUACCUGCCUGUAAAGACCCUGAUGAUCCAGCUGCUUCAGGGGGUGAGGCACCUGCACGACAACUGGAUCCUGCACCGAGACCUGAAGACGUCCAACCUGCUGCUGAGCCACGCCGGUGUCCUCAAGGUGGGUGACUUUGGACUGGCCCGUGAGUAUGGGUCCCCACUAAAGGCCUACACCCCAGUUGUGGUGACUCUGUGGUACCGUGCCCCGGAGCUGCUGCUGGGUGCCAAGGAGUACUCCACAGCUAUUGACAUGUGGUCUGUGGGCUGCAUCUUUGGGGAGCUGCUGACCCAGAAGCCCCUGUUCCCUGGAAAGUCCGAGAUCGACCAGAUCAACAAAGUGUUCAAGGACCUGGGAACUCCUAGUGAGAAAAUCUGGCCUGGCUAUAGCGACCUGCCGGCUGUUAAGAAGAUGACAUUCACCGAAUACCCCUACAACAACCUGCGCAAGCGCUUCGGGGCGCUGCUCUCCGACCAGGGCUUCGACCUCAUGAACAAGUUCCUGACCUACUUCCCUGGGCGGCGGAUCAACGCUGAAGAUGGCCUCAAGCACGAGUAUUUCCGAGAGACCCCACUUCCCAUUGAUCCCUCGAUGUUCCCUACGUGGCCUGCCAAGAGCGAGCAGCAGCGGGUGAAGCGAGGCACCAGCCCUCGGCCGCCUGAAGGGGGCUUGGGCUACAGCCAGCUGGGUGACGACGACCUCAAAGAGACUGGUUUCCACCUGACCACCACAAACCAGGGGGCCUCCGCUGCAGGUCCUGGCUUCAGCCUCAAGUUUUGACCUCAGCGGAUGCAGUGCCCCCGCAAAGGGCCUGGCUGAGCAGGGGAUGGAGGUUCCCACUGGUGAGGAGAGCGGCUUAGCGGUGUCCAGACUGUGGCGGCAGCUCCAAGGCCAGGGCCUGCUGGCCCAAGAAGCCAGGUGCAGAGCUCCGUUUCUGUUCCUACUUUGUUUUCCAUGGUUUAUUUUUAUUUUGUUUUUGGCUUGUACAUUUGUAGAAUUAAAUCAUAUUUUCCUUGUUGUA